AUGAAAUUAAAGGAUACAAAGAUCAACUCGAAAUCGGGAGCUAUAGGCGAUGCGGCAUAUAUUGUCGCAUUCUAUAAAGAACGCGACCAAUGGCGAAAGGGAGUUGAAGCUCUGGAAGAAAAUUAUUCCGAGGACGCCGAGCGUUUGAAAGAAGGGAGGGACAGACUAAAGGACGAGUUUGGUGAGAACGUAGAGGAUAUUAAUAAAGACAACACGAUGUUUACUAAAGAUAUGAGUGCAUUGUUAGCUAGGGCUGGUUACGAUCAAGCUAUUCAUUGCCAAAUCAGGGGUACGAUCGAAAGAAUGCUUUGGAUAAUAAAUGGUGAAGGGAGUUUUGAUGUACAAGUGCUAGGAUUUCUUUUAAUGGAGCUUACUUAUCGUGGUGUCCGGAUAUUGAUUGCAGGAGGAUGGGAUAGUGGAAAGGAGUAA